GGUUGUGGAGCGCUCCCCAUCCAAUCUCUGUAGUCAGCAGAACGAGCGGCUGAGCGGAGCAGCGCAGCAUCCACCCACCACAGCAUCCUGCAUGAUGACUGCGCGUCAAGGGGGACGCAAAAGACGGACGACGCGUUAAAAGACCCUCGGUGAGCGGGAAAAGCGUGGCACGGGAGGAGUGGGAGCCGAGGCAUCGCUGGUGUCUGUCUGAGGACCACUGCAGCAGCACUAAAUCUGGGGCUGUCAGACCAACCCUCAGCAGAGCCGCAAGCGCUGAGCUCAUCACUCUGCGAGGCGGCAAUGGGAUCCCCAGGAGCAGCUCUAACUUCACAGAGGAAAACAGGACUUCCCUUCCCAGAGGCGUGAAGAGAACACCCAAGUUUGGAAAGUACGGUAGAGGAUCUGCCGGUGCUGCACUGCGACCGAGGCGAGCAGCCCGAGCUGUCGUCCUCCGCAUCCUGGUGAAUGUCUUCUCCACUGCUCGGCAGUUGAACACACUCAUGGUCGAUGCCAAGGGAAGGAACAUGAAAUGUCUGACUUUCUUCUUAAUGCUCCCUGAGUCCGUCAAAAGCAAGUCCAGCAAAAGCUCCAAGAAGGGGAACGCCAGCGGGAGCUCAAAGCUGCCCCCGGUCUGUUAUGAGAUUAUCACUCUGAGGAGCAAGAAGAAGAAGAAGAUGGCAGCGGACAUAUUUCCCACCAAAAAGCCGGCGCCCGCCGCCACGACCACCGUGCAACAGUACCAGCAGCAGAACCUGAACAACAACAACACCAUACACAACUGCAACUGGCAGGGACUCUACUCCACUAUCAGAGAACGAAAUUCCGUAAUGUUCAACAAUGAGCUGAUGGCAGAUGUUCACUUUGUGGUGGGCCUGUCAGGAAGGACCAAGCGGCUGCCAGGGCACAGAUAUGUCUUGGCAGUGGGCAGCUCUGUGUUUCAUGCCAUGUUUUAUGGAGAACUGGCUGAAAACGAUGAUGAGAUCAUUAUUCCAGAUGUAGAACCACCAGCAUUUCUGGCAAUGUUAAAGUACAUCUACUGUGAUGAGAUUGACCUGAGUGCCGACACAGUGCUAGCCACUCUCUACGCUGCCAAGAAGUACAUCGUACCCCACCUGGCACGCGCCUGCGUAAACUUCCUGGAGACCAGCCUGAGCGCCAAGAACGCCUGCGUGCUCCUCUCCCAGAGCUGCUUGUUCGAGGAGCCCGAGCUGACUCAGCGUUGCUGGGAAGUGAUCGACGCCCAAGCCGAGUUGGCGCUACGCUCUGAGGGCUUCUGUGACAUCGACUCCCAGACCCUCGAGAGCAUCCUCCAGCGAGAGACACUCAACGCUAAAGAGAUUGUUGUCUUUGAGGCGGCGCUCAGCUGGGCUGAAGCUGAGUGUCAGAGACAGGAGCUGACAAUGUCCACUGACAACAAGCGUAAGGUUUUGGGCAAGGCUAUGUACCUGAUACGCAUCCCCACCAUGGCUCUGGAUGACUUUGCUAAUGGAGCAGCCCAGUCAGGCGUGCUGACGCUUAACGAGACCAAUGACAUCUUCCUUUGGUACACGGCUGCCAAGAAGCCUGAACUUCAAUUUGUCAGCCAGCAGAGGAAAGGCCUGACACCCCAGCGCUGCCACAGGUUCCAGUCCUGCGCCUACCGGAGCAAUCAGUGGCGUUACCGAGGCCGCUGUGACAGCAUACAGUUUGCCGUGGACAAACGGGUUUUCAUCGCUGGGUUCGGACUUUACGGCUCCAGCUGUGGGUCGACAGAAUACAGCGCGAAAAUAGAGCUCAAACGUCAAGGGGUGCUGAUGGGACAGAACCUGAGCAAAUACUUCUCGGACGGAUCCAGCAACACUUUCCCUGUGUGGUUUGAGUACCCGGUGCAGAUCGAGCCCGAUACCUUCUACACCGCCAGUGUGGUUCUGGACGGGAACGAGCUGAGCUACUUCGGACAGGAAGGGAUGACCGAGGUGCAGUGUGGGAAGGUGACAUUUCAAUUCCAGUGCUCGUCAGACAGCACUAACGGCACCGGGGUGCAAGGAGGUCAGAUUCCCGAGCUUAUCUUCUACGCCUGACAACUUGAGAAAAAGACAUCACUUUGUGUAGCCUAGCUUGUUAUUUAUUUUUUUGCCCAUUAUUGUUAUCGAGUGUCUUUUUGAAUGGUCCACUCGACGAGGGCCAGAUCUACGUCUUAGACGUUGGCGUGUACAAUAAUGCAGAUGGAAAUAUAUCUUGCACUAGAUGUGCAUGUACAUAUGAAUAUAUGUAAAUUCUUAAAUGUAUAUGUCGACACACUCGUGGCUGAGGCUGGCCACAGACAAUGUCUAUGCUGAAUAGCUACACUUAUUAUUUUCGAAGUUGACAUAGAAUGCACAUAGAGCAUAUAGCAGCAAUAACAUCACGGUAUGUAUUCUUUAAUGAGUAUUUCAGUCUGUAUUUGGCAUUAUAAUGGAUGGAAACAUGAAUAUACACUUAUAGUCAAAAGCACUGUGUUUAACACUCAUCAAGCUUUUGUAGUUAAGUGGUUGUGCUGCUUUUUGGUACUUUUAGUAUACUAAUGAUGCAGGGUCUUAGAGUAGGGAGUACUAUGAGACGCUUAUUUCUCUCUGUAGCAUGUUACUCUGCACUUACAAUCAUAACUCCAUCACUGUAUGCACAUACUUUCAAAAAAGAGGAAAAAUGAUGAAUAUUAAAAAAAAAAAACUUACUUGAAGUAAUCCCUUUUCACCUUUUAGAGGUUUAUCUCCUGUUUUGUUUCUUCUCUGACUGCCUCGCAGUUACUUACAGCACAGGCAGAAGAGUUUGAUGCACUCUGUGUGCUGCUAAUUGUUCUCGCACCUUGGCUUUGUCUCACAGGACCAGGAUCAAUGAUGGACUGUGUUGCAGAGAAAAGAAGCUACCGGUAUAUUAUGUUAACUGAGUGUUGCAGGAUGGCACUGAUGUUGCUUUCUAAUCAAAUGUUUUACUUUUGUUUAAGCGGUUCUUUUUUCUUUCUUUUUCUUAGGAUGAAAAUUGAAAACUAGUAAAAGUUAAGCAUUCGUGGGUUGGUUCUGCCGAAGACAAUGGAUGGUGUUCAAGUAUUGUGUUUACAUGCUGGGAGACCGUUGAAUGUGUUUUGUUGUUGACAAUGCAAAUAAACAAAAACAAGAGGUACUCUUGUUUGUGAUCUUCUGUAAAAAAAAAAAAAAACGAUAAAAAAUUACAGCACAUCACACAUAGACCACAUGCAGAACAUUAAAGUUAAUGUUAAGUUAAAGUCCCAACGAUUGUCACACACACACUGGGUGUGGUGAAAUUUGUCCUGGAGGUGAGGGGAGCAGUGAGCAGCAGCGUGUGCCACGCUCGAGAAUCAUUUUGGUGAUUUAACCCCCAAUUCCAACCCUUGACGCUUAGUGCCAAGCAUGGAGGCAAUGGGUCCAAUUUUUGUAGUCUUUGGUAUGACUCGGCUGGGGUUUUAACUCACAACCUCCCAGUCUCAGGGUGGACACUCUAAACACAAGGCCCCGGAGCUGGUUAAAUAAAUACAUAUACAACACAGUAAUAAUAUGUUACUGUGGAGGGAGGCGUGGCCUGUGGGCCUGCAGCAAAACGGGGUGUGCUAGAACCAGCCUCAAAGUCAGCAACAGGUGCAUAGAUGGCUCACCUGGGCCUUGUUAUCUAAUCACCUGUCGCUCUGUAUAAGCAGCAACCAGGUGGAGAAACGUUGUUGGAGCUGGAGUGCGAGCAAGAACGAGUCUGCCAGAGAGACAAGGGACAAUUGCUGAAAAGCAUCCUGCAGACAUUUCUACAAUAAAACUGUAUUGUAAACCUGAACCGGGCUCUCAUGUCGGUGCUUGGUGGUCCGAAGAACCCACUGGGGGGCAACCUCCACAGUUACAUACAAAAAUCUAAAAAAGCCUCCUAAUAGUAAGAAAAAUAAGAUAUUAAAAUCAGACGUUGUGAAAAAAGAGCUGAGGCGGAAGGCAAAGCUCUCAAUUUAUUAGUUGAUCAACAUUCUUAUCCUCACUUAUGGUCAUGAGCUUUGGGUUAUGACCGAAAGGACAAGAUCUCGGGUACUAGCGACCACUCCGUCGGGUGGCGGGGCUCUCCCUGAGAGAUUUGGUGAGAGCCUCGGUUAUUUGGAAGGUGCUCUUAGUAAAGCCGCUGGUUCGGGCAUCUGGUCAGAAUGCCCCCUACCGGACGCCUCUCUGCGGAAGUGUUGAGGGCGCGUCCAACCAGUAGGAAGCCAAAGGGAAGACCCAGGAACCAUUGGAGACAUUAUGUCUCCCAGCUGGCCGGGAAAGGUCUGGGGGUGUCUGCUUAGGCUGCUGCCCCCGCGACCCGACUGAGGAUAAGUGGAAAAAGAUGCAUGGAUGGAUGGAUGAAUCCAGACGGUGAGCCGGAGCCAAAAUCGAAUCAGUUUCUUAUCCCAUUUCUGACAUUUGCUGAAGUUGAAUUAAUUUCCGCCCAUCACUUUCUGAGCUACGUUGAUAGCUAACUGACAAACUAACUAACGACUAAAUGCAAGAUAUCGGAUGCUAGAAAUUGUUCAAUAUUGUUCAAUAUUGUAUUUUUUGUUGCAAAAUAACACAUUUAAAAAGUUGCAUAUAAUCUUAGCAUAUUUGCCGGGAUUCAAUCCCAGCACAACGCACUCCGAGCCCAGCAAUAACGCUGUGUGCCACCGGUGGCAAUACUAAUGAUAGGGGAAAUUUGCCAUUUUAUUCUUAUCAAUGACGGAGCAGGAAGGGGCUAGGAAUAUGUUGGCUGUAAAAUUUCAUGUCAAGCACCCUGCCAUUCAUUAAUUGACAUUUUACAUGUGCUUAUUAAUACACAGAUCAAGGGGCCCUAUAGAGACGGGGCGGCCCUGUUUAUGUUUAUGAAUACAAACAAAAGUCUGAAGGUAGAUGCCAGCUCUUGGCUCUCUUACAGUUGCCACCCCAAUGGUAAAAGUCACAUAACUUUAAGAAAGUAAUAAUCAAAGCCAACAUGAGGUGCAAAGUGCAUCAUAAUCAAAACAUGCCUUCAUCUUAUUGUGGUUGAAGUGGUUUAUACAAAUAAUGUGACUAUGGAAUAGAAUAGGAACAUUUAGCAUAUCAUCUCCGCACAAUAAUGUUUUCUUAUUGAUUACGUACAAUUUAUAUCUUGCUGUGCAGCUGCAGGACGGUGAGAUCAGAUGAGUCAUUUACUGAAUCCCUGGACACAUUGUUUCUCUUAUUUCAGGUGUUAAAAAAGAAUGAUCAUUACUCUUGUGAUCGCAUGGCAGGUCAUUUAUUAUCAAUAAAUUCGAGAGCCUGUCUGACAAGAGCGAGCCAGCAUGAAGCCCAUGAUGAAUUGAACUAAACAUUGAGGGCGCGAGAUGCUGUUUCAAUGGGAUUUCCUGAUGAUUGUGGCUCUAAUAUCGUAAGUAAGGCCAUUAAUUACACUGUGGAGGAAGUAUGUGCCAAGAGAUUGAAGCCAGCAUACUUUCAUUUUGCUUUACAGAUCUAAAAGUCUGAAAGUGAUGCUUCACUAAACAUUUAGAAACAGACACACUCAUUCAAUCUUUUAUCAAUCAAUCUUUAUUUAUAUAGCCCUAAAUCACAAGUGUCUCAAAGGGCUGCACAAGCCACAACGACAUCCUCGGUACAAAGCCCGAAUUGAGACGGAGUCCCACUUCCCAACAUUUGGUUUAUGCAUCUAUCUAAACGUAUUAUAUGAUAAGGCCUUUCUGGGUGAAAAAUAAUCUUUUUUUAAUGAGAGGUGACAAUUAUUACACGAGACUCAAACGCGGUGAAGGAAAUGUAAUUAAAUCUCACUGGGCUACAAAUAAAACACAUGGUUAAGCAUCUAAAAAUAAUUAGUUUGUCAGUAGAGGAAAACCCCAAAUAGUCACAAUGUGUGUACUAAUGAGGAAGACAGUGCAGAAUGUGUAGUCUUAAAAGUAAAAAAUAAAUACUUUAAAUAGCCA